UCAAGAGUUUCUCGUUUCAAAGUUUUUUUUUUUUGGAGUAUUUAAUGAAAACAAAAACGGUAUUUUUAAAACACAUUAAAAAGAAACAUAAUUAUUGUGAAGAAAAAUGAGUGAAUCAAGUGAAAAAACGGAUUACACGAAAAAAGGAGAUAAGCGUGGGAUCUUACGUUUGGAUAUUAAUAAACCUCGAAACUCGUCUGGCUCUGUUGAGUUUCGCAAUCAACCAGAGCUCAUCUCUGAGGCUUCACCAUCGCCACAGUCAACACAAUUAUCCGUGAAAUGGGCCUUUCCAAAAGAUAAUAACGCUAAAGUUGAAAAUGCAAGCGAUGUGCAAGUGCGACCAGAUCGAGUGUCAGGUUCAAGUGAAAAACGUGCGAAAAAAAGUUUAUCAGCCGACUAUUUUGGAUUUCAACCGUAUUAUGAUCAGUAUUACAUGGAAUCAAUUGAUGCUCCUGAAUACAUAAAUUCUGAAGACGAAGACUAUUCAUUAUCUCUAUCGGCGGUGAUACAAAGGCGUGCUAGCGUACGUGGUCGUAAAAAGGGUUACUAUAGUCCAAGACGUGCAUCAAGUCCAAUGGGUCACGUAAGUGGUGUUUGUGGCAUUCCUGCUGGUAAUUCAAUUGCUGUUAGCAAAGCCGAUCGUCGUCGUUCUAGUGUUUACACAACCAGUUCGGGCGAAACGGUUAUAUCACUUGGAGAUGGAGCCAACAAUCAGGAUUCAACGAAAGAGCAAAUUUUCGAAAAUAUUCGAUUGCACAAAGAAGUGUUACAAUCGGUUAAAAUGCAACCAUGGAGUAUGAGACGAAAACUGCGUCUCGUGCGACAAGCCAGAGAGUAUAUUGCACGUCAUGAAGGGGCAUUACAGGAACGAUUUGCUAUGUCUCGAAGCACAAAAGAUUUAUGGGCUCGAUUUAAAAUCGUUUUAACAGUUAAAUGGCAACACUUUCGACGAGAAUUGGUUAAUUUUUCCACACUGUUUGUUCCAUGGCAACUUCGAAUUAAAGAGAUUGAAUCACAUUUUGGAUCAGUAGUUGCAUCCUACUUUACAUUUUUACGAUGGCUAUUUUGGGUCAAUAUCGUAUUAGCAUUCACAUUAUCAACAUUUGUUAUUUUACCAGAGUUUCUUGCAUCGGUUAGCAACGCUGAACAGUUGGAUCAUCGAAAAGUAAUGUUGCCCGAUGAGCUGGAUAAUGCCACCAAACUAAAAACAUUUUUAAAUUUCGAAGGUUAUCUCAAGUAUUCGCCAUUAUUUUAUGGUUAUUAUUCAGACUAUUCGGGAAUUGCAAAGGGUGAUAAGUACAAUCUACCGUUGGCUUAUUUCUUUGCCGGCGUUUCGGUGUAUAUUUAUAGUUUUUGGGCAACAUUGCGCAAAAUGGCCGACAAUUCAAGGAUGUCAAAAAUGUCGUCAAAAGAGGAUGAAUGCAUAUUUUCAUGGAAACUAUUUACUGGCUGGGAUUAUAUGAUUGGUCAUGCUGAAACCGCUCAUAAUCGCAUCGCAUCCGUCGUGUUGGGAUUUAAGGAGGCUUUGCUUGAGGAAGCUGAAAAGAAGAAGGAUAAACAAAAUUGGGAGAUUAUUAUGCGCAGAAUUUUCGUAAAUAUUUUAAUAUUAUGCUUGUUGGUGCUUUCAGCAUGGGCUGUAGUUAAUGUGGUCAGGCGAUCAGAAGGGGUCGAUCCGAAUAGCUCAUAUUGGCGUCAGAAUGAAACUAGCUUUGUCAUGACUGUGAUUUCGUUUUUCUUUCCGCCAUGCUUUGAAAUUCUUGGCCUUUUGGAAAAAUAUCAUCCACGAAAGCAAUUGCGAUGGCAAUUGGGACGAAUUAUGUUAUUAAAUUUGCUGAAUUUAUUUUCGCUGAUUUUUGCGAUGUUCAAGAAAAUUGACACAAUCAAUAAAAAACUGGAUGAUAUGCGAAAUGAUUGUAUGCCGAAUAAAACUGGAACAGAUGGAACAACGAUGAUUCCAAGCUUUGCCACCGACAUAACCACAACCGCCACACUGUUCACAUCAACAGCUAAAGCAAUCGUCGAACUAGUGCCCACUGAUUUAAUAGCGGAACUCACAACAAUCGCCAAGAAUGCAUUCAGCGAUAAUGGUAAAAGUGUAACAAAAUGCGUUGAGGUUGUAGUGAAUUGCUCAACAAUUUCAAAAAAUACAGUCACAUCAUUGGUGACAACACUUUUGAUGGUAAACUUUACAACAACAGUUUUACCAGAAAUUAUGAAACAAUUAAAUAGCACCGAAUUUGGCAGCACUAAUCCCAAUUGGGAUUCCAGCAUUUAUGCCUCAAGCAGUUACAGCACUUUUGAUGAAAAUACCACUGAUGCUGAUUACAAUUUUACCACAUACAGCAGUAGUGGUAGUGUGUUUCCAUUGGAUAGCAGUACAAUGAGUAUUUUAUUCAAAGAUAAUGAUUUUGAGACCACGACGUCAUCUUCAGAUUAUUAUGAUGAUGAAAAUUAUGAUGAAUCCAGUACGUUUGAACCCGAUGAGGUUGGACGUUCCCAAAGGGAUGUUAUCAACGAACCGAACGAUGGACGUAAAAGUGAUUUUUCUUCAUACGAUUAUCCAUUGUAUAUGAGCAGCAGCAGCAGCACAACGAGUGGUCUUUAUGAAAGCACAACGACAGAUAUGUACGAUAUGAGCACAUUGAUAUCCACAACAGUGUCAACAUUUCUACAAGAUACAACUGAAACAUUGGAUCCGUACAAUGCAACACUAAUGUCAGAGCAGUUUACUGAAUAUAUUACGACCGCAAUUAGUACCGAAGAUGAUAGUUUUGAUAGCACAACCGAGACAUCCAUUGACAAAAAAUGUAUCGACAACCCAAAUGGUUCGUACAUUAAACAGAUUUGUAACGACAUCGACACCGAUUUAACAACAACACCAAUGACUAAUGAAAGCCCCAUGGAAAUGCGCUAUCCACUAAUAACACCGACACCAACGCCAUACGAUGGCAAUGUGGCCACUUCAUCAACCACAGCUGCUUCAUUAUCUAAAAAUUCAACGAAUUGCGUGCCACUCGCGCCAAGCAAAGACGACAAAAUCACUUGCGUGCCAACCAAAUAUUUUGGCAUCCAGUUAACAGAGAACAUUGGUAAUAUGACCGAAACACAUCAAAGAGAGUUGCGUGUCCUUUGCUGGGAAACAAUUUUCGGUCAAGAAUUGGUAAAAUUGACGGUGCUCGAUUUGAUUUUUACGAUUUUUGCCACGCUAUUUAUGGACUUUUUUCGCGCGCUUUUUGUUCGGUUCAUGAAUAAAUGUUGGUGUUGGGACUUGGAAAAGAAAUUUCCAAAAUAUGGUGAUUUCAAAAUUGCUGAAAAUAUUUUGCAUUUGGUGAACAAUCAAGGUCAAGUAUGGAUGGGAAUGUUUUUUGCUCCUGGUCUCGCAAUUUUAAACUUAGUUAAACUCGGAAUUUUAAUGUACUUUCGGUCUUGGGCCGUUCUUACAUGCAACGUUCCACACGAAGUUAUAUUCAGAGCUUCGCGUUCCAAUAACUUUUAUUUGGCAUUAUUGCUGACGAUGUUGUUUUUGUGCGUGCUUCCUGUUAGCUACGCAAUCGUUUGGAUAGAACCAUCAUGGCAUUGUGGUCCGUUUGCCCAUCACGCACGCAUCCAUCGUGUCUUUACAGACACAUUAAAAGACAGAUUACCACCAGAUUUGCAUACACCAUUGGAUAUAAUUGCAUCGCCAAGCACCAUAAUUCCAUUGUUGUUAUUGUUGAUCCUUAUAAUUUACUAUUUGCUAUCGUUGACUGGUGCACUUCGUGAAGCGAAUCAAGAUUUGAAGAAUCAAUUGCGUCGUGAGCGUCAAGAGGAGCGCAGAAAAAUGUUGCAACGUGUUGUCAACGCAAAAUUGGAUGAUAGCGGUGGCAAUAAUGCAAUGGAUCGAUGGAGAAAGGUAUUGGAAGCAUCAUCGCCAAUCACACCAAAUGCACCCGGUCAACCAUCCGAACCGGAUGAAGAAAAGAUUAAGGCCAGACGUGAACUAUUGGCCCGAAUUAUGAAAAAGGCAUUGCGUAAGAGUUCAAAUACAUCGGAUGAUGAGAGUCAUGUGGGCGAUGAUGGAGACGAUGGUGAUGAAACCGAUACUGAACAACACGAACAACUGCCACAUGAUCAAGAGACUAGCAUUGAAAAACGUACGCCCGUUAAACAAAAAAGAUCAACCAAUUUCAUGGACGAUAGAAAACCGGAAAGUUUUCAACUACAACAGCCGCCACAGCAACAAUCGCGAAAACUAUCGUUUACUCGAAUGCGUGAUAUUGUUGAAAUGUCACGACGUCGACCCAGCGAACAAGUGUCCGAUGAAACGAGACUUAUCAAAUCCACUGUUGUUGAGGAAAAACCAAGGAAAAAAUCGACAAAACCCGACGAAAAGUUCAAAUUGCACGACGACGAUUAUAAUAAAAUGAAUGUCGUAUCCGAACGACGUGCAUUGCGUCGUCAACAAAAUGCACGAGAAUCGGAUGGAAGUUUAUCGCUUCAAACGUCAUUGCAAGAUUCCGCCAAUUAUGACACUGCUCUCAUAAAUGAGAAGAAUAAAAUUACGGAAAAACAACAUGCAACAAAAACAAAAUCACCACCACCACCCAUGAGCAUAAGUCCGGAAAUAUUCAAAUUUGAUUCAGGCACCGAAUGUGCACGAGAGUAUAGUAGUAGUCGUGAUAUUGAUGAAAGUGACACAGAUCAAACGAGCUACAAGGAAAUCACACAAGACACCAUUGUAAAGCGACAAGGACAUUUGUCAAAAGAUAGUUCAAGUUCACUCUCAAAGAACGUAUCGCCGACGACAUCAUUUCAAAUACAUUCAUCGAAAUGUCAAGAACCAAUUUCAUCAACAAAUGUGGCGAUGCCACGUGGUAAUGUCGAUCAACAACGAAAGGAACAAAUGCAUUCGACCACACCGCAACAAUCACCAUCACCGUCGGAGAAACUCAAACAAACGGAUGAUAUACUAAACAAACCGAUACGCAAAUUAAAUUCAUUUUUAGCAUUAGUGCGUGAAGCGGUGGCGGCAAAAAAACAAGAACAACACGACACCAAUGAUGAUGCAAACCAUCAACAGCCCGAUUUACAAUCGCGUGUAAAGACUUACAUUGAUGAUUCAAAUUCGGUGUCAAUGUCGGAAAGUGUAAAAACAACCACCGAAACAUCAACAGCGUCAUCGAAAAAUGCAACAUAUUUUGAAUCAAUCAGACGAAAACGUCAUCAAGAACCACCAAAACCAAAGCGACAAGAUUCACAAGGAUCGAUUUGGUCCGAAAAUAUACCGCAAAUUUUAAUUAGCAAAUCGGAAAGUGAUGAAUGCAUUCUUGAGAAAGAUAAUGACGAACAAGAAUCUCGCUCAGACGAAAAAUGUGCUAAGCACAAAGCACAAUCAAAAGAGGAAAAAAAUAUUUAGUUGGCAACGAAUACCCAAAUCAAAAAUAUCAAUUCAAUUUCAUUUUAUUGCCACACACACACAUACACACACACAGUAUAUAAAAUAUAGUAAAUCUUAAUAACUUCUUCAAUAAAUCUCUUAAUUGCUGUAGUAUUUAUUUAAUGAAUGAAAUGUAUCGGUAAGCCGAACGCAAAUAAGAAUCACACACGCACAUACAUACUCACACACCUAUAUGGACACACAAUUAUAAAGACAAAAAAAACUUGUGAAAUUGACAUAAAAUCGGCUUUGUUGAGAAAUCAUAAACCGAAAUAAAAACGUUAGAUUUAAAGGGAAAAAAAUAAUUAUUAUGUUGUGGGCACUGAACAAGAUGUUAAAGGUUACACGCCAUUUUUUUGAUAAACGUUUGAUUAAAAACAAAUGUUGGUCGUUAAAUUCUGUAGAGAUUUUGUUCCUCUGGUGAUAUGUAUGCCACAUUAAAUUAUCGCAUGUAAUAUUAAAUUAAAAAAAAAAUGUUUUCCUUGCGUUGCUCUCCCACCACCAAAUAUCAUAAUGUAUUCCUUUUAAU